UCACAUUUAUUUCAAUCAGAUGUCUGCAAAAAGAGUGUGUCCUUUGGUCAGUAAAAAUAACAAAUAAAAGAAAUUAAAAAAAAAAAUCACAAAUAAUCCUUUUAUUCUGGAAAAAAAGUAAAAAAAAAAGGAAAAAAAAACAAUUUGUAAAGAAAAAAUGUAAUCCCAUUUUCUGAUUCAAAUUUUUCCUUUUCCUAACAAAGAACAUAUCCUUUUUGUUUGUGAUUGAUUUCUAUUAUAUUUCUGUUAAAUCAAAAAUAGUUGCGUUUUUGUUUUAUGUUGAUUGAAUGCAAAACUCUGUGUAUCUAUAAAAACAAUAAGACAAGUGCACAUUUUAAACGCGAAAAAUUAUUCUCGUCCUUUUUUUAGGAAAAAUUCAAAAGUUUCACCACAAAAACAACAACACAAAAAAAUCGAAAAGUGUCCUUUUUUUAAAUCAAAGUCAUACCAACUCGUAUCUAUUCUGUGUUUGAAUAAGGAUCUCUGAAAUCCAAAUCCUAGUGGUGCAUAGAAGUGCAACGAAGCAGCACUUUCGCAUAUGAAAUCAUAAGAGCCUAUGUGAUUUUAAUUUUGUAUUUUUUGUUUUACUUUUGUUGUUGUUUUAUUUUCCACACUAGGCAAGGGGUAGGAUGGUUUUCAUACCUAUUCAAGUUUUCCAACCAAAGCAAAAUCCACCCACUACCCACUUUAAGUGAGCGCUAGUCGUGACAACAAAAAAAAUACCUAUUUUAAAAAGGAUACCUCAACCAAACAACCAACCCUAACAUCGCACCAACACCACCCCUCCGCGGUCCGUGGUCCGUGGUCCGUCCUUAACACUCACCCCCUCCCAUCCCCCCUUAGGGGAAAAUUAUGCACAAAAACGCGAAGAGAGACACAAAACACAAAUUUAUAUUGGUACAAAGAGAGUGGAAAAAAGGAAAAUAAGAGCAAAUACACGGUAGUAUCCUUAAUGAAAAGCAACAUAACAACAACAACAAACAAACAUAUGUCCUUACAUAUCGAAAUAGAUAUAAGUAUAAAGGAGCAAAAGCCAGUCCAAAAGGCGCAUCCUUUUGUUGACAGACAAAAUCUCGGUACAUCUCUGAGAAAGGAUAACAACUUUACCAUCCUUUUGAGUUGUUAGUGGACAGCAGAAGCAGCAACGGCAACAUACCGUUCGUCGUCCUCGUCGUUGCCGUCGCGUCGUUGUGUUUGUUUGUUCUUUAGAAAAAUAUAUAAAAUAAAAAGAGAGUGUUGGCCAAGCCAGGACACUAUGUGUGAUUUUUUUUUUGAAACAAAAGGAAACCGAUUUUCAUAAAACGAACCUUGUUUUUAGUCCUUUUUUUGGGGAUUACCAAGCUUAAGAAAUAGUCAAAUAUUUUUGUGAUAAUUUUUCAAUCCGUCUUCAAAAACAACACAAACAAUUAGAUCUGUUUGCGAAAACACCAGACACAGACAGUGUGUUGUGUAGUGCAGUUUCUCUUCUCUUCUUUUUUUUCUGUGUCUGCACUGGUGUUUGCAUCCCAUUAAGGAUAUAACAAGGAUACACAAUAAACGCAAGCAAUGCAUUUCUGGAUCGAUAAGCGUUCCCAGACCUACGGUUUCGGUCGUGCUCGAGUAGCUGCAUCCUUAUCCGGGGCAGGUGGAAAUGGUUUAGGAUUUCCCCAUCCGCCACGUCGAAUGGGUGGUAAGACGUCCUUAAUGCCAACAAUACAUCGUUUACCGCCAUCGUCGUCGUCGUCGCAACAACAACAGCAUUCCCAUAGUCACGGCCAUCAGCAACAACAACAGCAGCACCAACAGCACUUGCAACACCAGCAACAACAACAUCAGCAACACCAGCAACAGCAACAACAACAAUCGACUACAAUAGACUGCCAUAGAUCGCAUAGUAUAGCUAACAACAAUAAUAAUAAUAACAAUGCGCAUAACAGUUAUUACAGCCAUAAUAGUAAUAACAAUCACCACUCGAAUAACAGUAACAACAAUAGCGCUAGCAACAAUAGUGUUGCCAGCAACAAUAAUAAUUUUAGUAAUAACAGCAGCAGUGGCGCCAGCAGCGGGACCAUAGUGCACUACUCUUCGAACAGACAAAGUCGGGGUUGUCGCAGCAGCAGCAUCAAUAGCGCCACAUUGAGCAAUAACAAUCAUCAUGACCCAACCACGACUCUGACCACAACUACCACCCGCAGUUACCAUCAUCAUCCGCAGUUUGGCAACAUGAGCAUCCGUCAUUACCAGACGCAGCACUCGUCGUCUACAACUGGCAGUGGCGCUGGCGAUCAUGGCAGUUCGUAUGCCACGCGAGUGCAUCACCACCAGCACCAUCACCACAAUUCGACGCAUAGAUCGCACUCGUCAGCGCCAUCUGGUGCGUCGGUGACGUCGGUAGCACUGCCACCUAUUUAUGUAAGCCCAUCGCAUGCUCAAAAUCUAGAACAAGGCCCCAUGGGCAUGGGACCCAUUCCAACAGUACGUCUUCACCAUUCCAACACAACCGGAACGGUAACAACCACCACCACCGCUAGUAAUCCAAUUUUAGACUCAGCUGACGCUCAAGUUCUGCCAUCGCACUUGAAAUUCGGUAUGUGGGCCACAUUAAUUCUGGCCUCCGUCUUUGUUGCCGGUGUCAAAUUAUACGCCGAUCACCAAGGAACCGGCCUGGAAGUUCUCAUCUUUGCUGCAUUCUCUGCCACAUUCUUUUUGGCCGCAUGCACUGUGUCCCUUUGCCGUUUGCCAAGCAAUUUAGCUGCAUCCCCAUCGCUUAGCAUUGACGAUUCAAGUAGUCGUGGCCUAUUGACUCAGCAGAAUAACCAAUUGAAUCUGCACUAUCAACCAGCUCAGCAUCAGCACCAGCCACCGCCAGCGCAGUCGCAGGAGAAUUUGGAAUUAACGCCAACUGGAGCUCCGCCGCCAUACCAUAUUGCUAUUUUACUGCCAGAAAAUGGAAAGGAGUUGCAACAAUUCAAAGACGAAUCACCACCUCCUUCGUAUGAUAAGAUUGUUAUUUAAUAGGACCAGCCAAAUAAGCUGCUGUAGAAGAGGAAAGAGAAGAUUCAGAGAACGGGAAGGAUGGAUUGAUCCUGUUUCUGCAUCUGCAUCUACAGCGGUGUUGCGUCGAAAACAUAAGGACAGGUAGCCAAAGACAAAGUGAUUUUAAAAGAGAUAUUUGAUCUCUAUAAAUGACACCUUGUUUACACGUUGAGUCUUAACAACCGAACACCACGAUAUUGAUCGAGUCCUUGAAAAUCGUAUCGUUGAGUUAAGAUGCAACGUGUAAACAAGCUGUCCGAGUAAGUUUAAGUUCUAACUUGGUUAGUAGCAUGUAAGUAGGAAAUAUUUGGUAGUUCGUUGGAAGCAAUUUUUUUGGGACUUUUUAAAACAACGAAAAAUAUGGAAUCGAUAUUUUUUAAGGGGCAACAAAAAAAUUCGAAUGUGCUUAAAGUUGCCGUCAAGUUAAUUUAAUUUAUAAUUGAACAAGAUUCAUGUUGAUAGAGGGUGUUGGUUGAGAUUGAUUUAUUUUUAAAAUUUCAACUUUGAGCGUUUUUUAAACCUUUUUCCGUUCCUGACAUUUACUGCUUCAUUUUCCAUAAAUCAAAUUUGUAUUUGCUAUAAUCUUAAAACUGCUUUGAAAUGUCACUGUCAGUUUUAAAUACCAAUAGAAAAGAUAGUCUUAGAUAAUGGGCAGGUUCAGGCAACACAAGGGACGUCAACUUAAUUCUUUAAACUUACAUUCAAAACAACUAGCUAGUUUUUCAAGUGCCAUGAAUUUCAAAUUCCAAACUUUAAUUCGCAAACCUUUACUUUAAGUUCAUAGUACAAAAAGUACCAAUAAAAUUACUGUCGUGUCUACUAAACAUUCCUCAGGAAAUCUACAAAUCCACUACGAUUUUUAUUUUGACAAGUUGACACGAAACCCUUUUACAAAAAGUAUUUGAUGAAGUUUUGCAGAAAACAAAUAAAUCGUAGAGUAAUAAAGUUCAGCUUUCAGUUGAAUGAAAAAACAUGAUCAUCUGUCAUUUUGACAUGAGUAAAAUUCACUUGAUAGUUAGGGAGAUUUGCCAUGACUAACUUUCCAGUCAACUUUUCAACAAAGUUGCCCUAUUUGGAAGUCAAUUUUUUGGCAGCUCGCCAAUUAGAUGCUAGAAACUUGCCUUACUUUCAAGUCCCAUAUGUCGCCUGAACUUGCCCAAUAUAAGGGACUUCAUUUGAAGUCAAUUUCAGCCUUUGAACGUAAAUUUUGACCAAAAUGUCAAACUUUUCAACCUCAGAACUUUACUUCACUAACGUCUAUGAACCUUAAGUUGAACGUGCUACAAAACACUUCUUAGGCAAGCUACAAGUCUACCACGACAAGUUGACAGGAAACCCUUUUACAAAAAGUAUUAAAUGAAGUUGUGCAGAAAACAAAUAAAUCAUAGAGUAAUAAAGUUCAGCUUUCAGUUGAAUGAAAAACAUGAUCACCUGUCAUUUUGACAUGAGUAAAAUUCACAUGAUAGUUAGGGAAAUUUGUCUUGACUAACUUUCCAGUCAACUUUCCAACAAUAUUGCCAUAUUUGGAAGUCUGGAAGUUUGGAAGGGACUUCAUUUGUAGUCAAUUUCAGCCUUAGAAAGUACAUUUUGACCAAAAUGUCAAACUUUUCAACCUCGGAACUUUACUUCACUAACGUCUAUGAACCUUUAGUUGAUCGUGCUACAAAACACUUCGUAUGCAAGCUACAAGUCUAUCACUAUUUAAAUUUUGUAUUGUAACGAAAUAUUACUUAUUUCUUUUCCAAUUUGACAGUUAACUCUUUUACCCAAAACAUAACAUGGAAUUGUGCAAUAAAUAAAUAAAUUACAGAGUAAUAAAGUUCAGCUUUCAGUUAAAUGAAAGAAUAUGAUCCUCUGUCAUUUUGACAUAAGUGGGCUUGACUUUCCAGUCAAAAUAAAGGCAAUUUUUGACAGUCAGAACCUGCCCAAAGUUGCUUUAAUUUAAUGUCAAUUUUUUGACACCUGGCCAAUCAGAUGCUAGAAACCU